AUGUUAGAAAAGGAAAUAUUUUUAAAAGUUAUCAAUCACAAGUACUUGUUUAGAGUAUUGGUUAAUUGGAUUCACCGACUCAAUGAUCAAGACACAAAGACCAUUAAUGCUCAGUUGGAUCAACGAACUAUCCUAACAUACUCUGCAUCUGCAUUGUUAAGAGUACGAAAAUACGAACAGAUCAGAGAUGCAGAUUGGCUAAUCAACAACCGACACUUUGUAUUGAUGGAGUACAUGUUGAAGAGUGGACAUCAUUUGCACUUUACACCAGAGUCUAUAAAAAUGUUGGCCGAGAAAGCUCCCUAUUUGUUGGACUGUGCAAAGAGGUAUUACUUGGCAUCCCCACGUACAUCCAUCGAGAUUGUUAAAGUCAUAAAAUGCAUUGAAACCGAUCCAUCUGGAAGAGCACUUGCAAUGGCUUGUGAUAUGAUUAGACGUGCAUCUGCAUUUGACGAUCUACACGAUAUCUUUUGCGAGUUGGGUAACUAUAUCAUUGGGCCUGCUAGUUUGGAGACAACAAAAAAGAGUGAGAAAUACAUAGACAUUAAAAGAUUCAAAAAGAUACGUCCACUUGAAUUACUUGGUGUCGCUGUAAAAUCAGAUGUUGAUGCUGGUGUGCAAGUCGAACGUGACUUGCUACUCGAUCAAAUGUUUCAAAGAUUUGAUCUCCAUACAUUUAAAAAUUACAUUUCAGACCCCAAACCAAUUUUCAAUCAAAUGUCAACAAGUGUGUACAGUACGAUGUUACAUAAGUUAAUGAAAAGUCCUUCACCUCUCCUCUCCAACAAUAAUUACAACAAAUCAAUCAUCAUCAUUAAUCAUUUAUUAAAAAUUGAAAAUAGGAUUGGAAAGAAGAGAAAGAGAAACUUGGUGGCACAGAAGCAAUUAGAAUAUUAUUUGAAUUUAUCGAAAAAAAACAAUCAACUAAAUCAAUUGAUUGAUGAAAACUAUGGGACCUCUACAACACCGGCAUACAUUACAGAAAAUAUAUUGGACGAAAUAUUUAAACAACAUUUUGGAUCAAACCCAACCAACCAAUCAACUAGAGAACUACUCGAAAAAACAUUAAAAGUAUUAGAUGACCAACAAGAUUUAAAUUCGUAUGCACCAAUCAACCUUUACAAACUACUUGCAAAAUAUGGGUCGGUGGCAGACAUAGAGUAUUUGGUAGAGUUUACAAAGGAAGAGCAUAUCUAUGGAUUAAACGAUGCAUUGGAUCAUUCAAGAUUGGUUCCCAUUGCCAAAUAUUUUAUUGAUACAUGGAAGGCAUACAUUCGAAGCAAUACCGUAUUGUUGGCCACUAUGUUUUCCAAUAUCGAUGUUUUAGAGUACUUCCUCUUGAAACAAAAUAUUGAUAUCAAAUUUGAUAAAUCAAUGUUGGAUGCCGCCAUGAAUCAACAACUCGGUUUCAGUGCAAUGAGACUGUUGCUCACCAAAUUCACACCGCAAAUAUUCGAAACGUUAAAUGCCCGCGGUGGUCACUACACCAUUGAACAUUUAAAGUGGUUGUGUGAUCAUUACAUGAUGCUCAUCAAAAAUCAUGAUGGUAUGGUGUAUAGUAUCAAAUCGGCACUUGUUACCAAUCUCAUGCGGUUCUCUUGUUUUUGGGGUAACUUGGUACUCUACAAACAUUUGCGUAGCAAGAUUGGUGAUGCAGUCUAUGAAGAACCUCUAGAACCUUACCGAUUCAAUGCUGUGGUUGGUGGAAACAUGGAUAUGAUAGAGUACCUCUAUAUCGACUGUCACUGCGAAAUGAAAAACGUCAGAUCGAUGGAUCACUUUGGUUCGGAUGUUUGGAGUUUUGUAGCACAUGUUCCAGAUACUCGUAUGUUUGACAUUAUGUACAUACAUCACAUCAAGAGUGUAUCGGCUCAACAAUUUGCAAAUUGUUUCAACUUGGCUAUGAAAUGUGGAAAUAUCGAGUUGAUGACGUUUAUGCUCAAAAAGAUCAAGAAAUACCAUUCACUGCGUCUGCCAGAAGUACGCAGUAAUCUAAGCAAGGCUCUACGAGAAGACAAGUUGUUUGUUGGUACCGUGUCGGGACUCUCUUUUCUCGUCGAAAAUGACUUGAUAGGUCUACAACGACAAAAGGAAAUCCUAUCAGGUGCCAUUAUCAAUAGUAACCUUCCAGUGGUUAAAUUACUCAUCAAUCAUCUAAUUCCUUUUCAAAAAUGGUUAAUUCAACAAAAAGAAAAUAAGAAAGAAAAGGAUAAAGAGGAAGAGGAAGAAGAUAACCAAGAGGAUAGUAAAAUUAGUUAUAACGAAGAUGAAAUAGAAGCAUUAAAACCGAUACUUUCAGAUGAAAUGAUUGAAAUGACAUCAUUCUACAUUCAUUCUUUCAUGUUGAAUGAUUGUGAUUCAUAUCAAAAAUCAAUAUUCGCAAAAUCUCUUUCCAAUCAAUCUCUAUUUCCCUACUUAUCUUUAACAAAAUAA